AUGCCGGUUUUUGAUGACCACUUCCUUGGCGACUGCCAUGAUGAGCCGGAAGGACUCUUGCCGCGUUGGUGGUUCGGUGGCUUUGCCUCGAUAUGCGUUGCCUUCGCAGUGGCGCCCAUUGAUAUCGUGAAAACGCACAUGCAGAUCCAAUCAAAAAAACGGACAAUUUUAGGCACGAUCAAAAGAAUAUACACUUUGAAAGGAUACUUGGGCUUCUACGAUGGCUUCUCGGCUGCCAUCCUGAGACAAAUGACCAGCACCAAUAUCCAUUUCAUCGUGUAUGAUACUGGCAAGAAAUUGGAGUACUUCGAAAGGGAUUCAUAUGUAGGAAAGAUUAUUUUGGGCUGUGUGGCUGGGGCAUGCGGCUCUGUGUUUGGGAUACCAACGGAUCUGAUUAACGUGCGGAUGCAAACCGAUAUGAAGGAGCCGCCGUACAAGCGACGCAACUAUAAGCAUGUCUUCGAUGGCCUCAUCCGAAUUCCCAAGGAGGAGGGCUGGAGGGCACUUUACAAAGGAGGAUCGGUAGCGGUUUUCAAAUCAUCGAUAAGCACUUGCAGCCAGAUAGCAUUCUACGAUAUUAUUAAAACGGAAGUGAGGAAAAAUAUCUCUGUGAAUGACGGAUUGCCCUUGCACUUUCUCACUUCGCUGGGCACUUCGUUCAUUUCGUCUGCGAUCACUCAUCCCCUGGACGUAGUAAGGACCAUUAUGAUGAACUCCAGACCCGGCGAAUUUCGCACUGUCUUCCAAGCGUCUGUUCACAUGAUGCGAUUUGGCCUGAUGGGACCCUACCGAGGAUUUGUGCCAACUAUAGUGCGAAAGGCACCGGCCACCACUUUGCUAUUUGUUUUGUACGAGCAACUGAGGCUCCACUUCGGAAUUUGUCCCCUGGGAGGGGGGAAGUACAAUUAAGACGAUCGUACUACUACGCAUUUGGAAUUUGACAAAAAUACCAUGUGAACUUUUACCAACGUUUUUGUACGCUAAAGAUUUCCAUUAAUUCAAAGACGUAUUUAAUUUUGCUUACUAAUGGAAUAAGAAGUCCUCGUAAAGCAGAAUUAAAGUAAAUAAAAAAUCGAAGCCCAGUAUUACUGGAUCAUU